UCCCUCAGAGGAACACACAGUCCCACAGGCAUCCAAGCCGUCUGCAUGCUGCUUCAUUUCUCCACACACCAGCUCUGGGUGAAAACCUAGAAGGGGUGUUGGAGAAAUUGAAAGGCGUCCAGAGAGGGUCGGGCAAAAAAAAUAAAAAAUACAGAAGAAAUCACAGAAUGGGAAAAUCCGAGAGCCAAAUGGACAUCAUGGAGAAAACAACCAAGCCGAAGAAGCAUCGCUGGACUGUAGUGGAGAUCGGACUGGCCGUUAUAGUACUGCUGAUGAGCUGUGCUUUGGUGGGACUGGCCGUCCUUUACGCCGGCACUCAGAGCACUCAUUAUUCGUAUACUAAUGGCUCAUCAAAAGGUCUGGAGUAUUCCAGGAACCCCGAGUACACCAUGUGCACCACCCCAGAGUGUGUGACUGCAGCGGCAAGGUUACUGGAGAACAUGGACCUGACUGUGGACCCGUGCGAGAACUUCUACCAGUACGCGUGUGGAGGCUGGCUGCAGAAGCACGUGAUCCCAGAGACGAGCUCGCUCCAGAGCGUCUUCAACAUCCUGAGGGACGAGCUGGAAAUAAAACUCAAGGGGGUUCUGCAGACAGAAAGCGAAAAUGACCGGGAAGCUUUCAGGAAAGCCAAAGUGCUCUACAGAUCGUGUAUGAACGAGAGUGUGAUUGAGCAGCGUGACUCGAAGCCCCUCCUCAAGCUUAUUGACAGUAUCGGUGACUGGCCUGUAGCCUCGGAGGACUGGAACAACACAGCAGAGGAGUCCUGGAGUCUGGAGAACAUGCUGGCGUCCCUGAACUCUCAAUACAACAAGAAGGUUUUGCUGGAGAUGUUCGUCUGGCCCGAUGAUCGAGACUCGAGCCGCCACAUCAUUCACAUUGACCAGCCGUCACUAGGAAUGCCCUCGAGAGAUUAUUACCUUAACGACGGAAACUACAAAAAGGUGCGCGAGGCUUACCUGCAGUUCAUGGUUUCCAUGGCGAAAAUAGUACGGGAGGACAGGAACCUCACGCAGGACGACGAGCGCGUGUGGGAGGACAUGAUGCAAGUGAUGGCGCUGGAGAGAGACAUCGCCAAUGCAACGUCUCCGGCAGAGGAACGCAAUGACAUCACUGUGCUCUACAACAAAAUGAGUCUGCAGGACAUACAGGAGACCUUCAACCUCAACGUGAGUUUCGGACUUAAACCUGCUGAGAGAGCAGACAGAGGUGUAACAAUGUCUUUCUCUCAGGGCUUCAACUGGACCCAUUAUAUCCAGGGCAUCAUGGCAAGCGUUUCCAUCACGGUGCGGCCUGACGAACCUGUCGUGGUCUACUGCUCACCCUACCUCGAGAAGCUCGACUCUGUGCUUUCUAGAUACAACCGCAGGACUGUGCAGAAUUACAUGGUCUGGAUGCUGGUCAUGGAGCGAGUGAGCAGUCUGAGUCGACGCAUAAAAGACGUCCGAGCUCACUACAGAAAGGCUUUACAUGGCACCACGGUGGAGGAGGCACGCUGGCGUGACUGUGUGCGCUACGUCCAGAACAACAUGGAGAGCGCAGUAGGGGCUCUGUACGUACGCGAGACCUUCGCUGGAGAAAGCAAGCGCAUGGUUCGUGAAUUGAUCAAAAAGAUUCAGGAUUCCUUCGUGGAAACAUUAGAAGAGCUGAAAUGGAUGGACGUUCAAUCUAAAGAGAAGGCGAUGGCUAUCUCGGAACAAAUCGGCUAUCCGGAUUAUAUCCUGGAAAAGAACAACGAGAAGCUGGAUCAGGAAUACAUCCACCUGAAGUUUAGUGAAGAGAGCUACUUUGAGAACGUUCUGGAAAACCUUCAAACAACCGCUCAGAAAGCUCACAAGAAGCUACGGGAACCUGUGGAUCCAGAACUAUGGAUCAUUGGUGCGGCAGUGGUCAAUGCUUUUUACUCUCACAACAGAAAUCAGAUCGUGUUUCCUGCUGGAAUUUUGCAGCCUCCAUUCUUCAGUGAGAAGCAGCUUCAGGCUUUGAACUUUGGAGGGAUCGGAAUGGUUAUAGGACAUGAAAUCACUCACGGCUUCGACGACCACGGUCGGAACUUCGACAAAGACGGGAACAUGUUCAACUGGUGGAGCAACUUCUCCACGGAGCAGUUUGAGGAACAGUCCAAAUGCAUGAUACAGCAGUAUGGGAAAUACAGCUGGAAGCUCGCAGGAGGUCAAAAUGUGAGUGGCAUCACCACUUUGGGAGAGAACAUUGCGGAUAACGGAGGAGUUCGGCAAGCGUACAAGGCGUACAUGAAGUGGGUGGAGAGAGAAGGUGAGGAGUCUCGUCUUCCUGGUUUGCUUCUGGAUCCGAAGCAGCUCUUCUUCCUCAACUUUGCCCAGGUCUGGUGCGGAGCCUGUCGCCCGGAAUAUGCCAUCCAGUCCAUCAAGACCGACCCCCACAGUCCUCUGGAGUACAGGGUUUUGGGCUCCCUGCAGAAUUUUGAUGCUUUUUCCGAGGCAUUCCAGUGCCAGAGAGGUUCUUCUAUGAACCCAGAGGAGAAAUGCAGAGUCUGGUAGUGGAUUUCAAGAGCUUCACUACAGUCCACCAAAGGAGCAUAUAUAUAUAUAUAUAUAUGUAUAGUAUGAGCUGCCUUGAGGUGGGUCUGUUGAAAAGAGAUAAGAGGUUAUAUGAACACUAGAAAAAACCCUGAAUCAUUAUGAGUAAGCAGAAUUUUGAAGGCAGAGCGAAAAAGAACCGCUUUGAGCACCAUCGCUUGCUAAGAUAUAUGUAUAUUUGUCAUGUGUUAUCACUCUGUAUUGAUUUAAGAUUAGAAUCAGAUAUUAUAUAUGCCACUGCCGCAUUCGACAGUGGACACGUUUCCUGAUAUUCUCACAGAUCGAUCUAUUUUUUAAUGUGCAUUGCUGAUUGCUGGCUUUAACUGUGGUAAACGCUUUAGAGAGAAUGUAUCAGCCCUAUCCACAAGAUACAACAACCAGCCAAACCAGCGAAAAAAAAGGCUUCAAAACCCACGUGUUUCUUAUGGUUAGUAUUAAUAACCCAGCUUGUCUAUUUUUCAAUUUAAAAGCAUCCCUCAAAAAUUUACAGUGGAGCCAAAACAAUAAAAAAAAUUGAAAAGAAAACAAAGAGGUAUAUUUAUCGUAGGACAGGGAUAUAUGACUUGCAGAUCGAGGUUUCUCUGCGUUAAUGAGCUGUAAAUGUAAUCUAUAGCGCCUCCAUCAGGUCAAACAAUUACCUGAAGACUUUAAGACUGUUAAAUUCAUGAUGCUUUAAUGAUCAUAUAUUUUAUAUAUCUGUGGGAAAUACAUUUUUGCAUUAUUAUUAAACAGCAUUAUUGUGCUGAAUUUAGAUACCAAACAGGUCAAA